AAACAAAGUUAACACAUCAGGAAGCCUGCAAUGUGCAGACAUGAAAACAUGAAAACAAUCGAAAACUUAAACUAAGUGAUUCAGUAGAAUCUAAAAUUGGAUAAAAUUCAAUCCUUUCCACCCAAUCAAACCUCAACCAAAUCAAACCCACCCCUCAAAGAAACCCAAACUAAACUCUUACACUACCAAUAUAUACAGCGACAACGUGUCAUUCGCCGUUAAAAACGCGCACUUUUCUUUCCUUUUCCCGUCUCUUCCCCUCAUUUUCUCAGGAAAAAACCGCCCAUCACCACCGCCACCUGUAUAACGUGAAAACUUAUUUACUUUUUGAACACGGCAGCCUUGGGAUUCGGUGGUGGGGAAUGGAUCUGAUUAUGAGAUUACUCACGGCGGUAACAUUGGCGGUCUUCGUUGAUUUGGGUUUUAUUGUUUGUUUUUCUAAUGGGAAUUUUGUGUUUAAUGUAAAACAUAAAUUUGCUGGUCAAGAGCUGAGUUUAAGUGCUUUAAAACGACAUGACGCUCAUCGUCACCGGAGAAUUCUCGCCGCCGUUGAUAUUAAUUUAGGCGGCAAUGGUCAUCCUGCUGAAGCUGGCCUAUACUUUGGUAAAAUCGGGCUUGGAAACCCACCAAAGGAUUACUUUGUUCAAGUCGAUACCGGAAGUGAUAUUCUUUGGGUGAAUUGUGCCAAUUGCGAUAAGUGUCCUACGAAAAGCGACCUUGGUGUAAAAUUGACACUAUAUGAUCCAAAAAGUUCUUCUUCUGCUACACGGAUUUACUGUGAUGAUGACUUUUGUGCUGCCACUUACAACGGUGUACUUCAGGGUUGCACUAAGAACUUCCCCUGUCAAUACAAUGUUGUUUAUGGCGAUGGAAGCUCAACAGCUGGAUUCUUUGUCAAGGACAAUCUACAAUUUGACCGAGUAACUGGAAAUCUUCAAACUUCUAAAGGGAAUGGAAGUGUUAUAUUUGGGUGUGGCGCUAAACAAUCUGGGGAGUUGGGUACAUCCAGUGAAGCACUGGAUGGAAUACUUGGAUUUGGGCAAGCAAACUCGUCCAUGAUCUCACAACUUGCUAACGCUGGAAAGGUUAAAAGAAUGUUUGCACAUUGCCUGGAUAAUAAAAAUGGAGGUGGAAUAUUUGCCAUUGGAGAAGUGGUCUCACCAAAAGUUAAUACAACUCCAAUGGUACCAAAUCAGCCACAUUACAAUGUAGUUAUGAAGGAAAUAGAGGUGGGCGGUAAUGUAUUGGAACUUCCAACAGAUACAUUUGAUACUGGAGAUCGGAGAGGAACAAUAAUUGACAGUGGUACUACCCUGGCAUAUCUCCCAGACGUGGUUUACGAGUCAAUGAUGUCUAAGAUUAUUGCUCAGCAACCUGGGUUGAAAAUGCAUACUGUUGAGGAGCAGUUCACAUGUUUUCAGUUCACUGAAAAUGUUGAUGAAGGAUUUCCUGUUGUCAAGUUUUAUUUUGAAGAAUCUCUUAGUUUGACGGUUAAUCCUCAUGAGUAUUUAUUUCAAAUUCGUGAUGAUGUUUGGUGUUUCGGUUGGCAAAAUAGUGGCGUGCAAUCUAAAGAUGGCAAGGAUAUGACUCUUUUGGGAGAUUUGGUGUUAUCAAAUAAGCUUGUGUUAUAUGAUCUCGAAAAUCAAGCCAUCGGAUGGACAGAAUACAACUGCUCGUCGAGCAUCAAAGUGAGGGACGAUACUUCGGGUUCAGUGUAUUCUGUGGGAGCUCACAAUCUUUCAUCAGCUUCCAAAUUGAUAAGUGGGAAAAUUACUCCAAUUUUGUUGUUAGUAUUUGUUUUAUUCUAUAGAUUUUCAUGAUCUGCUGAUAGUGCUAUAACCUUAAUUGAUUUCAUUUCAUCUGUACCAUAAUAUAAUCAAAAGUCUGAUUGGUAUAGUUUUAAUUCUUGAGCACAA